AUGAGCAGUUUGAUAGAUUUUUUUGAUACCUUUGAGUUUACAGAGCAAGACGGAGUUCGUAUUGUUGAACUAACAGAAGCUGAAUAUGAUUUAUCAGGAUUAGAGUUCAAAAUCAACUCUCCAUGUCGUGUUAUUUCCAAAUGUAACUCGAAUGUGCAUCUUGGCCGUAUAGUAAUAGCAGAAUGCGAUACAGAAUGGGAUGGCCUAUCAGUUGAAGGCUCAAUCGUUGUCAGAAACGCUGAAAAUUUCAUUGUUAGAAAUUGCACCUUCACUAAAGGCAAUACUGGCAGUGGCGGCUGUAUUGUCAUUACCCGUGCAAACAAAUCUCUUAUUGAAAAUUGCUAUAUUCACGAUUCUCAGACUUGUGGAAUUUUUGUUGAAGCCAGCGCGUUAGCAGUCAUUCGAAACGUGAAGACAAACAAGAUAAACUCUCAGAAUGUCUUCAUUACUUGUUACAGCAAGGCAGAAGUAACAGAUUGUGAAUUUACAGAAACAAAUGACACAGCUCUUUGCUGCAUCUUCGAAUCAGCCAUCCAGCUCACAAAUACUACUAUCAAGGACUCAAAGGGCUUUGGUCUCAACUUAAACAACGCUUGUUUUAGCAUAAAUAACUUAAAAUUAAUAAAUACAACACAGAACGGAAUUAACAUCUACCAAUGCGAACAGCCAGCUGUGAUCCAGAAUUCCUACUUCCAGAACACAGGAUCUUCCUCAAUUUCCAUCAUAAACCAGUUUGUUCCGAUUAAAAUCAUAAACAACGUUUUCGAGGACAUCCAUGGCAACGCGAUCAUCAUGACAGAAGAAUCAGUCGGAUACAUCGCUAACAACAUCACAAAGAAGAUCGAAUUCCCCGCUGUCGCAGUUUUACAAAAAUCUUCAGCUAUGAUUACAGAAAACGACAUUUCUGGGUGCAGCCGUGCAGCCAUAUGCGCACGCUAUGCUCAGACUGUCGAAAUCUUUAAGAAUAAGAUCGAUGGAGCGGAAGAUACCGGAAUUUCAGUUUCAGACUCAACAGAUGUUAGAAUCCAUGACAAUAUUAUCAUGAACUGUUUAAUUGCAGGUGUAGAAUCAUACAACGAAAGCCAAGUUACUGUUAAAGAUAAUGAAUUUGAUCAUCCAGGCAAAUACUGCUUCAUGUGCUAUGCCGGAGCAUUCCUUAAUGCUAGUAAUAACAAGAUCAAACAUCCUGAUGAGUCAAUGAUCCUUGUUUCCACUCACGGAAGCGGAGAUUUUGUAGAAAACACUUGUACAGAGUGCGAUGUCCAAUAUACAGGUGAAACAACAGGUGUCAUCUUCAUGAACAGUAACUCCAACUACGAAAACAUCACAAAUGACGAGAAAAGGUCAAAUGACAAAAUAAAAUUCAUUCCUCCAUAUCAAGAUCCUUGCCAAGGCAUGUGUCUUAAGUGCCGCAAGAAGCCAAGAACAAGAUUCCUCGUUCCAUGCGGUCACAAGAUCUUCUGCGACGAGUGUGGACAAGAAGCAGUCAAAAACGGCGAAAGUUGUCCUCUCUGUCGUUUUCCAAUCGCUUCUUUCACGUGCAGCUACACUUCUACAUGGGAUGAUGACUCUAACUUGUGCUCUAUUUGUGCUGAAAACGAGGCAGACGUUGUGAUUCUGCCGUGUGGACAUACAGGACUUUGUUCGAAGUGUGUUCAGAACUGGUUCUCUGAAAACAACACUUGUCCUAUUUGUAGAAAGGAAGAAUCAUUCAUGAAGAAGAUUCACAGUAACUUUUGA